AUGCCCGUCCACAUUUUCCUGCGACGCUCUCUGCCCCCCCACCUGUCUUCCCACGGUGCGCGUUUUCCCCUUCGUACCUCUCAAGUCCGGUUCUUUUCUUUCGACUACCUGCGCUCGCUCAGGUCUCGUCGCAUACCAUGGACAAUAACGAGGGAAGAUCUCCGCAAGCCGGAGGCGGAGCUGAUCGAGGUCGUAAGAAACGGAAUCUGGGAAGAUCCGAAUGGAGCAAGUCGGCAAAUGGUAGAUAAGAGAGCCCGUCACGAUGCUCAGCAGGAGACGAAACGCCGGAAGAUCGAGAACGGAGAGGAAGUCAAGGCCCCCGUUUACGCUACCGAGUUCUCCAAGGAGGAUAUCGAGAGCGAGCAGCGCCGCCCGAAGAAGAAGGUCGCUGUGCUGCUGGGUUAUUCGGGAACGGGGUACAAGGGCAUGCAAUUGAGUGAAACGGAGAAGACCAUCGAAGGAGAGCUCUUCGCGGCCUUUGUCGCGGCCGGCGCAAUCUCCAAGGCCAACGCAACCGAUCCGAAGAAGUCGUCGCUGGUGCGGUGCGCGCGUACCGAUAAGGGUGUCCAUGCCGCCGGAAACAUUGUCUCCUUGAAGCUGAUCGUCGAGGACGAUGACAUCAUUCAGAAGAUCAACGAGAAGCUCAGCCCUCAGAUUCGCGUGUGGGAUAUCCUCGUCACGAACAAGUCGUUCAGCAGCUACCAGUUGUGCGACUCGCGCAUCUACGAAUACCUCAUCCCGACGUACUGCUUCCUGCCGCCCCAUCCCAGCACUUACCUGGGCAAGAAGCUCGUCGAGUAUGCUGAGAAGGAGGGCGACCUGGAGGCUUACAAGGCGCGACAGGAGGAAGUAGCUGGUUACUGGGAUGAGAUUGAUGACCAGUACAUUCGGCCUAUCCUCGAGAACACGCCCGAAGACGUGCGCAAGCUCGUCGAGAAGGUGCUCCACCUUAAUGAUGAGGAUCAAUCCGCGCAGGACGAGCUCUUCGAAAAGCAAGAGAAGCCUGUAGACGAGGAAACCACAGCCACCGAACAGCAAUCAUCAGAAGAGAAGCCCACCGCCGAAGCUGACGAGGCCGAAGAGGCCCGUCGCCGCCAAAUCUUCGAGACCGUCAAGGCCAUCAAAGCUGCGUACCUCAGGGCCAAGAAGGCCUACCGGAUCCCGGCCACCCGUCUUGCUCGCGUCCAAGAAACUCUCGACAAGUACGUCGGCACGAAUAACUUCUUCAACUACACAAUCCAGAAGGUGCACGCCGAUCCGUCCUCGAAACGUCACAUCAAGUCUUUCAAUGCCGCCGAACCCAUCCUCAUCAACGGCACCGAGUGGCUCAGCCUCAAAGUCCACGGCCAGAGCUUCAUGAUGCACCAGAUCCGCAAAAUGGUCGCCAUGGCCGCUAUGGUUGUGCGCUGCGGCUGCGAUCCCCAGCGCAUCGUCGAAACCUACGGCGCCAACAAGAUCGCCAUCCCCAAGGCCCCGGGUCUGGGUCUGCUUCUCGAACGGCCCGUCUUCAACUCUUACAACCGCAAGACCCUGGAAACCGGCAAGGAUCCCAUCAACUUCGACAAGCACGCCGACACGAUCAACGAGUUCAAACAGCGCGAGAUCUACGACCGCAUCUUCCGCGAGGAAGAGGAAUCUAAUGCCUUCUCCGCCUUCUUCGGCCAUCUCGACCACUACUCCCAAGAGGAAUUCCUCUACGUCACGUCUGGUGGCAUCCCCGCCGCCAAACAGGCCACGGUGCCUACGACCGGUCCCGAGCGGAAGUCGCAGCGCGAGGCGCUGGCAGAGAUCGAGGGCGGAUCCGAUGACGAGAGUGCUGCCCCGAACGGCGGAGAGGAAGGUGGUUAG